UACAAUAGAAAUGGCAAACCUGAAAGACCAGUUCGAGUUCAUGUCAUUUUUAUAGGUGUACGUUAUUUCAUACCGUUGUGGACUGGAUCUUGUUGUGAGAUUUCAUCUCAGCAUUCACAAGACGCGGACAUACCUUUGGAUCCACACCCGGAACGAAGCUAGAAACAGUCGUUGUUCUGCCAACCCGUAUCAACGGGAACCGUAGCUGCCAGCUGGAGUGAUGCAACGUGACCGUUUUCGGAGUCUCUACCAGGAAUAAUAACUCAACGGAAUGGAUUUCUACUUCACUACGUUUCUACGGAAUAUUUUGUCUUUGAGAAUUUUGAACCAUGUACCAUUUUGCAACCUUGCGUUAUCUACGCUUAUCUACAUGGGUCAUUAACAGUUAUUUAUAGAUAUGUCCACGGGACGUGUGAUUCUAGGAUGUCUAUGGGGACGUCUAAAUUGGUAAGAAAACAUUUGUAAUCUGGUGUGGACGAUCGGCUGAAAAAUGAUGUGAAAAUCGCCUUUCUGAACAUUGAGCUUCGUUGAAUCACAUAAAGAACCAACAAAACAAGCCAGGGUGUAGACAAUCUGUCAUUUGGAACAAUAGCCACUUGGCAUUGUCCUUGAGCAAAACUUUCUUCGUCGCGGGAACCCGACUGUCAGUGAAGAUAAUGUUGUGACGCUGAGGUGCACACAAAGCCCCAGAACGAGGUGUUGACACAGGGGCUGUUACGUCGUCAGUGAACCGUGUCGGAUCUCGCUUGUUCUCUGAUUGGGCAUUGUGGUCGUAUUAGUGGGUUUCUACAUCAGCGGCUUCUUCCUGCAUCCUUACACACCCUCCUGACGGGAUCAGUAGCAGCAACCGCUGACCUGCAGCAGCUCGGAUGCUCUGUGAGGUAUUCAUUUAGACUUUUAGAGCGUGUGUAUUGAUCACAAGCGUAUUGGAACAUACAGGAGGAGCUUGACAAGAAGGUACAAGCGAUAUACGCCAAUGCGCCAUAAGGUACAGGUGUGGUCGGAGUGAAAGACACAUUUGGAAUACACAGUGCAGGCUUUUUGUCCAACAGGUGCUCAGCACUUUAACAGUUGAACUCGGGUUUGUUAUACGAUACAUACACGUGUUGUCUUAUAACUUAUCUUUGUUGUGUGUUGUGGUACUGAACGAGACUUAAAAACUGAGGACAUUCACAAGCGGUGUCGUCUGCUUACAGUAUUUGCCUUCAAGGUGUAAACUAUUCUCGUUUGACCUGACCUCGAUCUUCAGUCAGACUUCGAGAGUUUUAGAUAGAAUACAGACAGGCUGUCGCGUGUGCUUGUCAAUGACAGACUGAAGAUCUGUUUGCUGUGUGUUUAGAGGGUCUCGUAAACGAUUUCUGACUAUCAUUCACGUGUGUGUACGUUAACAACGACGCUUGCCUGGAGAUACUGCAUAUUGUGUAGAUAUUUAUUUGUUUACAAAACUUGUAUAAAUUUCACCGACCGGCCUUGGCUUAACAUGGCCGAUAGUAACUAAAUCGGGAGUUUACUUUUUCAAGCGGAAUGACACACAGGAGACUGAGGGAGGCAGACGACAUUAGUUUGAAUGAUCUGAUCUUCUGGGAUGGCACAUGAGCCAGUCUCGCCGGAAUUAAAUACGCUGUGUGGUGCUUUGAAACUUCACGAUCCGAACCAAUCCAUUACCAAGGGACAACUCGCAGACAUCUCCCAAGUACUGCGGCUAUCCUCGGACGAGCUUGACAUCAUCUUCGACGCUCUGGACCACGACCACAAGGGGCAUAUAACAUUAGAGGACUUGAAGUUUGAAAUAGCGGACAAUAAAAGUUCCACUCCAACAAAAAGACGCGUUUCUCAAGGAUAUACAACUUGGAGGGACAGCAGAGCAUACCUGAACUUAUCCCCGGAGGAAUUAGAUGUUGCCGUUUUAUCGGAGUCUAGCCAGGAGCAGGUGAUCGAGCUGUACCAGGCUCUGCACGCCAGCGAGAACCCAGAGCUUCUGACUCAGUUCGAGAACAUCAUCCUGGGGGUCAUCAAGGACAUCCGGGUCUACCAGCAGGAGAAUGACAGGCUGGAGAAGACCUACAAGAGGGAGAAGGAACAGCAUGAACGCCAUCUGCGGAGUCUGGAGGAUGAGAUGGAUGUCCACACACAGAAGGUGGAGGAACGAGUUAAAAAGGCGGAGAUGGAAAGAUCCGACCAGGAGAAAGCGGAGUUGAAACAGUUGAUGGACGCCGAGAUAGCCAUGUUGCAGCAGAAUCUAAAGAGGAUGCAGAGCGAGGGUAUCGAUAAGGUAGGCCGGGAGACAGAGGAGUAUAUGUUAAGUCUGAAGACGCGUCUGGAGGAGUAUCAGCUCGAGAACAGACAGCUUAGGAGUGAGCUGACAGACACACAGACCAACCUGGCUCUGAUCAAGGGGGAGCUGGUCUCCACGAAGCAGCAGUUCCAGGAGAAGAGUCGGGAAUUAGACGUAGAGAGGACGACAGUGAUGGACUGCAUCAGAGAACAAGAUAACCUCACUCGUCAGCUUCACAUAUUACACGAGACCAACAAGAAGCUUCUCGACGCAAACGAUAAUCUGCGAGAAUGCCUGGAGACGUCUCAAAAUAAACUGACUUGCCAUAAACGGACGCUGUCCAAUGAUUCUGCGGCCAGUGGACGCAGCACAUCGCCCCGACCCCCCAGGAAAGGCUCUGUGAUGAGUGACUACUUCGAAAACACCUGUCCUCCACAAUACCUCCGAGCUGUCAGUGUCAACUCCUCGCUGGCCGAGGAGCUGUGUGAAUCGGAACACAAUGUGAUGCAGAUGACGACAGUGUCUCCAUUACGACGAUUCCGGCACUUGGAGAGCUGUGAAGAUGAGGAAAUAGUCGUGGGCUUUUCAGACAGUGGCCAUUCCACCAUGCGCGACUACAACGAACCUGACACCGAGUCGGAGUGUCUGAGUUACGAGAGUGAUGUCCGGUCACUGCCCCGGAGGCCGAAGAGGUUGAAGCCAGGCAAUAUGUUGGAGGAGGAGGAGUUCGACUCCCACGACGAGAUGGAAACUGACGCAGAGACCACCAUAGAGAGAUCAGAGGCCGAAAUGUUUAAGAACAUGCAGAGUAAACGUCUCAGCUCCUCCGGAAGUCGAGGGUCACGUGGUAGUCUCCGAUCUUUGCCGACCAGUGACACCGGAAAUACCCGGCCUCCGAAAGGAAAUCGCGGAUCCACAAGACGACAGAUGCAGACAUCUCCCGAACAGCUACUCAGCGUCAAGGUGUCCAAGGAGCCGGAGAGGAUGUACAAGGUGGUCCUGGCCGGAGAUGCUGCGGUCGGCAAGUCCAGCUUCAUCAUGAGACUGUGCAAGGGCAAAUUCGUCAACAACCUCAGCUCCACACUGGGCGUGGACUUCCAGACCAAAGUGAUUGAAGUUGAUGGCCGGACCAUCGCCCUUCAGCUUUGGGACACCGCUGGACAGGAAAGAUUCCGGAGUAUCGCCAAGUCCUACUUCCGGCGUGCCGACGGCGUUCUGCUGCUGUAUGACUGCACCUACGAGCGUUCCUUCCUCAACGUCCGCGAUUGGGUGGAAGCUGUGGAGGCAUCUCAGGAUGGCGCCAUGAAGAAAAUACCUAUCAUGUUCUGUGCCAACAAGACCGACAUCAGGGACGAGAUGCAGCAACAGGGACGACGAGUUGUCCGAUUUGAAGACGGGUCAAGGCUGUCAAGGGAAUGUGAAGGAUUGUUUAUCGAAACCAGUGCUAAGGAUGGAUCAAAUAUACAAGAGGCAGUCAUAGAACUGACUAGAUUACUGCGAACGAAUGAGGACAUAGAGGUGAAAAAUGUGGGUAUGCAGCUGCAAGAUAUGAAGACGGUGAAGAAAAGCACCUCCUGCUGCAGUCGAUAAGGCGGAAAGACACACAGACAGACGGACGUUUAGUGCAAUGUGGGAUGUCGCAAUUCCAGGCAUAUAUCUGUUUUAUUCAAACUGAAACUGGUGUGACACAGAAUGUGGACACAGUGUAAAUAUCAAACGUUAUUUUCUUAUAAAUACGUCAAGAAGACCCCUGUGAGAAAUCCUGUAAAUCUGGAUGACCUUUCUCCCGGACAACCCUGUUACAUAUUCCAGAAGAUGAUUGGGGAAUCCUCACUUUUUAAAGGAAGCCAUUGAGCGGUGCAUGAGGAUGGAAGUUCUACAUCAACACGUGACCAAAUUACGUCACAAAGAAGUUUCCCUUCUGCACUCGGCACCAGCGUUACGACAACCAGUUCAGACCGGUCAGGAAAAACCAGUGAUGCUAAAAGUUGAACCACAUUGUCAGCCUCGUUCUGUGAUCAGCAGCGCUUGAAUUUUUGAUCGAUGGGGUCAUUUAAUCCGGAAGUUUGAUCACCGGACGAGUCCACUGGGAAUGUUAACGGGGUUGUACUGUACAUAUCCGCUUACUAUGAGGUCAGUGGAACAUUCCAGCAUUAUAUGCAAGCACAUCUAUUCCAACCAUGUAUGCUUAUUAUAAGACACCCAUAUCCAGUUCACGUGCUUUAAGAUUCCCCAGUCUUGCUUAAACUGGCUCUUUUUAAGUGCUUCCAUAUCAGAUACAUGUAUAUACCAUUGUGUCUUGUAUAGCGUUGCUUAUGUGUUUUGGUGUUGCUUGUCUCACUGAUUAGCAAUUUGUGCAUUGAUUUGCAAAAUAUAAUGCAUAAUUUAUUUUUACAUAUGUAUGUGUUAUCGUGACCAGUAUAUUGAAAUGGUAUGUAUUGUACAUGUAUCUAGUUUUCUUAGUACAUGCUACAUGUGUAAUAGUCCCAUUUUUUAACUGAAACGUGUAGUCAGUGUUAUUAAACCCAACUCAUAGCUUCGUAAAGUUUCCAAAUUAUCACAGUUGGUAUGUAUGUAAAUAACACACAUAUGUUUUGAUACUGGUGUUUUACCUGAUAUUUUUAUCUUAUAGUUUUAUUCAUUAUAGUUUUAGGAUAAAAUAAUAUCAUUCUGUUUUGUACAUGAUCUUGUAAAUAACGGGACUAAUAUGUUUAAAUUCCAUAUCUAAUCUCCGUGUUUACGAAGGAUCUCAUGACUUCCGGUUCGGCGUGGAACAUACUGUUUACGAGGGGGAAAUAUCACCAAGGUAUUCAUAUUUCUUUGUAGAAAUGUCUAAAUAUGGAUAUGUCAGUUGAUAAAAACUCUAACACCCCUGGAAAUAGUUUGCUCAAAGGAUGUUCGAAAA